AUGGAUUAUAACAAUAAGAGUGUGGCGAUGCAUGCUGAAAGAAAUCUGGCUCUCGGUGAUGGGAUUCAUGUUGCAAGUAAUAAGGAGUUGUCUACACAUGAGAGAGUUCAUUCUCCUGUGUUUAUGGAGGGCCCGGAAAAGAGAGCUUCAGCUACUAUCAAUGGGGUUCAAUAUGCUGUAAAACACGGUGAACCUGAACCACAGUCAUCAGUGCCUUCAGAAGCAUUGGAGAGGCCCAAGUUAAAGCUGCUUCCUAGAUCUAAGUCAUUAGGAAAUUAUGAACCACCCACUGAAUAUAAGCAGGGGCACCAACAGCAAAGUGAUCCUGCACUGAAAAGUUACAUGUAA